GCCACAUAUAUGGCCAAAUCAGUCACUAUUAGUAACUUGGGAUGGUGAUUUGUCUAAUUCCAUAAAUUUAGACGCUUUUAUAUGGCCUGGAGGGAGAUGCGCUGCACGACAUCCACAACGAACGCACAUUCAUAUGUACUCAGAUUCUAUUGAACUAAUGGUAGUUGGGAACAAAUUAGUAUAUAAACAUGGGUAAUAAAAUAGAAGAUAUUAUUUUCCCGCCCAAAUAUGUUAGAACAAUUAUAGACAAAACCGCGCAAUUCGUCUCUAAAAAUGGUGAACAGUUUGAGCAGCGACUCCGGGCAGAACAAAGCGACGGAGCGGCUGGAGCGGGUGCUAAAUUUGCAUUUUUAAGCCCAGAUAAUGCCUACCAUGCGUAUUACAAAUUGAAGCUUACAGAGCUGAGGAAUGGAAUAGAUGUUGAAAUAAAACCUUCUAUUCCACAAGCCAUAUUAGACAGACGCAAAAAGCUUGAAUUAAAGAAUCAAUUCAAAGAAAGGCUCCUUGCUCUCACUGAUUUCGGAUCCUCUAGCGCGGACCAUGAACUCGGGGAGCCGGAAACAGACACAUUUUCAUUUACUCAACCUUUUGUUGCUUCAAUGGACAUGGACAUUAUUAAAGCCACUGCGUGCUUCGUUGCUAGGAAUGGACAAAGAUUUUUAGUGGAACUAACAAAGCGUGAAAAAAAUAACCCGCAGUUUGACUUUUUGAACCCAUCACAUUGUCUGUUUGGUUUUUUUACCAAUCUUACGGAAUCCUACACAAAAUGUCUACUUCCUACAAAACCUCAAGUCGCAAAGCUCAAUAUGAUAGCACAGGAUAGAGUAGCUUACCUAAGAGUUUGUCAGAAACGGGCAAAUUGGUGUGCACAGCAGCAGGCAAAACUAGCAUCAGAAGAAAUGCGUAAAGCUGAAGAACGUAUGGAGAUGCACUCAAUCGAUUGGCAUGCGUUUUUCAUUGCUGAGACAAUAACAUUUAGCGUUGCAGAGGAAAACUUGCCUCCACCUAUAGACUUCACUCAACCAGGGUCAGGUCUGCAACUCAUGAUUAGGAAUCCUAUAACAGUGGCAACUGCGAGGAAUACCGGGGAACAACUGACGUCUAUCAUUCCACAGGAUCCAAAUGAAAUUGAUCCAGAUAAACCUAUAUUAGUGGAUGACCAAGAAUCAUCGGCGACGUCACCCUCUAUGGGAGAUCAUUCUAUCAAUGGAACAAUGGAUGGAGAUUCAGUUGAAGAACAUUCACAUGUGUCAAAAUUCACAGACGCACCCGAUAGUUACAAACGCAGGGUAGCCAGAGAUAAUGACAUCAGUGUUGUGCAGGAUGGCGAUGAAAUAAUCAAAGUGAAAAAGUCAUAUACCAGAAAAUCAAAAGCUUCUGAAGCUUCAGAAAUGCAAAGGUGUCCCAUUACUGGUCAAAUGGUGCCCUCUAGCGAAAUGUCAGCACACCUUAAGAUUGUGUUACUAGACCCUAAAUGGAAACACCAGAAACAAAGAUUCAUGGAGAAGGCCAUGAAGGAAAGUGCAUUCGCACCCAUGGAAGAUGUGGAGGGUAAUCUUGCAUCUUUCGUCGCUGGGAGGCCCGAUCUCUUUGGUUCAGCAGAUGAUGAGGUAUCAGCUGGAAGUACCAACACAUAAACGCAUGUUUUAACGUCAUCACAGU